ACAUAAAACUCAGCAAAGUCUUCUCAGUCCUCAUCCGGUUCACCUUUUCACCAUCACAUUCCUUCCCCAUCAAUUCUUCUUCUUCUCUUUUCCUUCCUUCAAUUACACACUCUAAUCCCUCCACCUUUUUGACCAACAAAUUACAUAUAUAAUUAUAUAUCAUGUAUAUAUACACUCGAACACACCACUUCAAUAAUAAUUACUCACCCAACAAAAGAUGAUAAUUAACAAAUCAAUUAUAUCACUAAUUAUUUUCAUAAUUAUAACAGUCACUACUUACUUUAUAUCAAUCGGAAGUACAGGACGAAUCUCAACCGUUGAUUUCAGAUCUCAAUUCUCAUUCCUAUCCAAAAAUGUUACUCACAGUAAUAAUAAUUAUUACACACCCUGCCGUACAGGAUUACCGCUUAGGGUUUACAUGUACGAUUUACCCAACAGGUUUAACGUUGCAAUGCUGAGUCAGAAGUUCGCCGGAGAAAAGAAUAUUCCGGUGAAUUCGGGGAAUAUUCCGUCGUGGCCGAGAAAUUCGGGAUUGAAGCAGCAACAUAGUGUAGAGUAUUGGUUGAUGGCGUCAUUGUUGUGUGAGAAUUGUACGGAUGAAGCGGUUAGGGUUUUGGAUCCGGAUUUGGCGGAUGUGUUUUUUGUGCCGUUUUUUAGUUCGUUGAGUUUUAAUACACAUGGAAGAAAUAUGACUGAUCCUGAUACUGAAGUUGAUAAACAAUUGCAGGUUGACAUCCUCAAGUUCUUGAGACAGUCAAGCUAUUGGCAAAGGACAGCUGGAAGAGACCAUGUAAUUCCAAUGCACCAUCCUAAUGCUUUUAGGUUUCUCAGAGAGGAGGUGAAUGCAUCCAUUCUUAUUGUUGCAGAUUUUGGACGUUACUCUAAAGCCAUGUCAAAUUUGCGUAAAGACGUUGUUGCUCCUUAUAUGCAUGUAAUGGAGUCUUUCUUGGAUGAUGAUUCUCCAGAUCCUUACAACUCACGUACUACUCUUCUUUUCUUCAAAGGACGGACAGUGAGAAAAUCUGAAGGCGUGGUACGUGCUAAGCUAGGAAGUAUAUUGAAAAAUUACGAGGAUGUUCAUUAUGAAUCGAGCUUUGCAACAGGAGAAAACAUAAAAGCUUCUUCACAGGGAAUGCGCUCGUCCAAAUUCUGUCUGAAUCCAGCAGGAGACACUCCAUCCUCAAACCGCCUGUUUGACGCUAUAGUGAGCCACUGUGUUCCUGUUAUUGUGAGCGACCGAAUUGAGCUACCUUUUGAAGAUGAAUUAGACUACAACAAAUUUUCAGUUUUCUUCUCCGUGAAAGAAGCAUUAACACCUGGUUAUAUGGUCCAACAGCUCAGAAAAAUCUCAAAGGAGCAAUGGCUCGAAAUGUGGAGGCGACUUAAAGAAGUUGCACAUCACUAUGAAUAUCAAUAUCCUCCAAGAAAAGAUGAUGCUGUGAAUAUGAUAUGGAGGCAGGUUCGGCAUAAGGUUCCUGCUGAAAGACUUGCUGUACAUAGAGCUCGGAGAUUAAAAGUGCCAGAUUGGUGGCGAUGAACAUUAAACUGACUGGAUUAAAUACCUGUCCAGGCCUGCAGGGUUCUACUAUAUGGAAACCCUUUCAUCACGUUGUGGCCCGUGUCCCUCUUCAUUAUUCUUUUAAAAAGGAUUUUUUGUAUAAUUCAUUGUCAUUCAUUGAAUCAUAGUUACCUUUAAUCCCUUAAUGGGAAGUAUAGUUUUACUGCAUAGGUCCUCAAUUAAAUUAUAUCUGUAACCAAAAGUUGAUUCAGGAGCAAUAAUUACGUCAUUUUUAGAUUUUUCUCUUUGAGUUAAAUCUAGUUA